AUGCAGCCCCAGACGCGCAAAAUCCUCAUUGACACAGUGUACAUUGUGGCGACGCAGGUGCUGGCAUACUACGGAAUCCGGUACCUGCUGUCGAAUUCGCGCGGCGGAGCAGCCGAGAACCAGGGACAGAAGGAGCGGGGCAAGGCGGUAGCGAAGAAACUCAACCUCUCAGGGCUCAAGCUCAACGAGUAUGAAAGUACAAUCAUGGGCGAGGUGAUUCUGCCCGACGACGUGCCCGUGUCCUUUAGCCAGAUUGGCGGCCUCGACGAUAUCAUCCAGGACCUCAACGAGUCGGUUAUCUACCCGCUCAACCACCCUGAGCUGUUCACGAGCCCCUCGGGCCUGCUGGGCUCUCCCAAGGGCAUCCUGCUGUAUGGCCCGCCAGGCUGUGGCAAGACCAUGAUGGCGAAGGCGCUGGCGCGCGAGUCGGGCGCAGUGUUUAUCAACCUGCAUCUGUCGACGCUCCAGGACAAGUGGUUUGGCGAGUCGAAUCGCCUUGUGCGCGCAGUCUUCUCGCUGGCGGAGAAACUUCAGCCUGCGAUCAUAUUCAUUGACGAGAUCGACGCGUUCCUCAGGACACGGGCGUCGACCGAGCAUGAGGUCAGCUCGACCAUGAAGGCCGAGUUCAUGACGCUCUGGGACGGCCUGACAUCCGCAGAGGGCUCGCGUGUGGUGGUGUUGGGCGCUACCAACCGGCCCAACGACAUCGACGCGGCGAUUCUGCGCCGCAUGCCGAAGCAAUUCUACAUUAAGCCGCCAGUUGCACAGCAAAGGAAGCAGAUUCUCCAGAUCAUGCUCAAGGACGUCCAGCUGGAAAAGGGCUUUGCGCUGAAGGAGCUUGUUUCGGCCACCAAGGGCAUGUCGGGCAGCGACCUGAAGGAGAUGUGCCGGAAUGCCGCAAUCAAGCCGCUGCGAGAGUACAUCAGGUCGAACCCCCCGGCAGCAGGUGGGCGGCGAGGUAGCGGUGCCGGAGAAGCCAGACAUUAA